GAGGCAUUUCGCCGGUCACUCGAUCGCGGGACUGUCUUUUACUCGGAUCACGAGUUUUGUUGCAUUCAGGGUCCGAAUCCAACUAACUGGAAAGAAAUACUGGUGGGUGAUGUUGUUUGGGUAAGAUGGCGUAAGAACGAGCAUUGGCCAGCAACAGUGUACGAAAUCACGGAUACGGUCCCCGUGAAGGUGACUGUCUUCUGGGUGAAUGACAAGACUCAGAGCACUGUGGAUUACACCCAAGUUGACUUGUUCGACAUGGCUUUUCACAUCAGAUUCGAUUGCCGCAGAUCUGACCCGAAAUAUGUGAGAGCAGUUGUGACGGCCCUACGUUAUGUUGGAAAGAUGGGAUUCUGGGAAAGUUUUCUCACGAAGAAAGUUUAUGAAGAACUGGUCAAGGAAGAGGGCCCGACUUUCUGUCAGCAUAUCAGUAACGAAGAGAUAAAAAGAAUCAUGUGCAAGCAGGCGAAGCAAGCGAAACUGUCGAAAGAAAUGAAGAAGGAAGAUCAGGUU